CUUGUUUUUCCCUGCAAAACCACCUAAACCAUGCUCAGACACGAAUACCCUUUGCUCCUCAAAACCAUUUUUUCAUGCUUAAUCACGCUUCAAACUUGCACAGGUCAGAACACCAAUCCUUAUAAUUGCUCGCCUUCUUCAUGCGGCAAUAUUUCUAAAAUUAGCUACCCUUUCAGACUGAAAAACGACCCACCACACUGUGGCCAUCUCCACUAUGAACUCGAGUGCCAAGAUAAUACGACCGUUUUAUAUUUGGAAUCUCACAAAUACCUUGUUCUACAAAUCAAUUAUACCCACUACACUAUCCGCCUAACCUAUCCCUCAAUAUUAGAAAACCGCAUCUGCUCUUUACCAAACUACCCAAUUAUCUCCGAUGAGGUGAUGGUUGGAAAUUAUUAUGCUUAUUCCCAAAUGACCUUCUACGAACAAAGUUUGAUCCAUUAUGUUAGGUGGAGGAUGAAUUUUAUUAGCUGUCCACAACCUGUCAACAGCUCCCAACUCGUGGAUGUUGGUGCUGAGUGUGGUCUCAACGUGUCGGAUACAAACAAGCACAUGUACAUAGGGUAUCUAACUGACGAUGAUGUGACAACAUGGCCAUCUAAGUUAAUGGACAAUUGUACUAUACACUUGCAAGUGACGAUGGUAGAGCCAAGUGGUGAUGCGUAUAUUGACAAAGGGAAUCUUACUCUUUCACAACUCCAUAGAUUCUUGGCCAAUGGGUCUACACUUUCUUGGGCCACUGCGCUCUGCGGUGGCAGGUGUCGAUUUUGUGACAUUGAUGGACAAACUGCAAGAUGUGUUGGAGGUCAUUGGUGUUUUUUUGGCACAAUUAGGAGUUUUCAGUGCGGGACUAUAUAUGUUCUUGGGAUAGUAACGGAGUAUGGAGUUCUUCCCUACCUUGCCCUGAGGACCAUAAUAGGAAUACUUUGCCUGGUGUGGCUAAUCAUUCACAAGCUCCGGAGACAGCAUUUGUCGACAUUCGAUAUAAUCGAAGGCUUCUUGCAGAACACCAACAACAAUCUCAAGCCCAUCCGCUACUCCUAUAGAGACAUAAAGAGAAUGACAAGUGGCUUUCGCCACAAACUCGGCCAAGGUGGCUACGGUUCUGUCUACAAAGGAAAGCUCCGAAGCGGACAAAUCGUGGCCGUUAAAUUACUCCUCACCAAAAAAUCCCGAGACAAUGGACAAGAUUUCAUCAACGAGAUUGCUGCCAUCGGGAGGAUCCACCACGUCAACGUGGUCAAACUCGUCGGCUUCUACGCAGGAAGAAUGUCAAACAAACGAGCACUCGUUUUCGACUUCAUGCCCAACGGCUCACUCGAGAGGUACAUCUUUACGGAAAGUCCGAAACCUCUGAGCUGGGAGAAGAAGUACGAGAUUGCGGUUGGUGUGGCAAAGGGGAUAGAUUAUCUGCACCGAGGGUGCGACAUUCAAAUCCUGCAUUUCGACAUCAAGCCUCACAACAUACUUCUCGACGAAGAUUUCAUGCCCAAAAUAUCCGAUUUCGGGCUCGCGAGACUGUACAGCACCGAGAAAAAUACGGUGACUCUCACUGCUGCUCGGGGGACGAUAGGGUACGUGGCCCCUGAACUCAUCAACAGAAGUAUAGGCGGGGUUUCGUAUAAGGCUGACGUGUACAGCUUCGGGAUGCUGCUUAUGGAAAUGGUUGGGCUGAACAGGGACAUAAUGGGAAAUGACGACGAAUCUAGUCAGUACUUUCCGCACUGGAUUUACGAUAGGUUUGAAAAAGGCAAGGAUAUCGAGUCUGGAGAAGCUUAUAUAGAAAUCGAUGAUGACGAGCAUGAGAAAAGAAUAGAAAGGAAGAUGACUGUGGUUGGCCUUUGGUGCAUACGGAUGAGUCCAGCUGAUCGGCCCUCCAUGAGUGAAGUGGUGAAAAUGCUCGAGAGUCCGAAUGCUGAGAACAUCCAAAUCCCACCACGGCCAUCUGUUCAGCCGACUCGGAUAGUGAACUAUAGUGAUGGGACAUCGGGAACAGAACCAACCGGCUCAGUGGCAUUGUUGGGUGGUGUUAGUUCGAGUGAGAUCAGUAAUGAUGGCCAUUAG